ACAAAAUCAUCCAAACGGCGCUAGUCUGAAAAGCUGUAAACCACUAAACCGUCAGUCCUCUGAAACGGCGCCGUAGAUAACCAUGCACGCGCUUUUAGCACAAAUGGAAAAGAAACCCAAAAAAAAAAAAAAAACUAAAUAUCAAAAGCAAAGCGAAACCAUCUUGCUACACUCGCUAGCCUAAAAAAAAAAGUCAACAAAAAACCAUGUCCGGAAAUUUAAGCUGCGUGAUCGUGGCCGUCGAUGGAAGCGAGGAGAGCAUGAACGCUUUAAGAUGGGCCCUCGAUAACCUCCAGCUCCGAUCCCCUACGGACGAUUCCACCACCGCCGGCUCCUUCGUUGUCCUCCACGUUCAAUCUCCGCCGUCCAUCGCCGCUGGCCUCAAUCCUGGUUCAAUCCCCUUCGGUGGCCCCAGCGAUUUGGAAGUGCCUGCGUUCACUGCUGCUAUUGAAGCUCACCAGAGACGAAUCACUGAGGCGAUUCUGGACCACGCUUUGCGAAUUUGCUCCCAAAAAAAUAUAAAUGUCAAAACACAUGUAGUUGUUGGUGAUCCAAAAGAGAAGAUCUGUGAAGUUGUUGAGAAUUUGCCGGCGGAUUUACUUGUGAUGGGGUCCCGUGCUCUUGGCCCUAUUAAAAGGAUGUUCUUGGGAAGUGUAAGCAACUAUUGCACCUGCCAUGCACAAUGCCCAAUUAUCAUAAUCAAGGGCAAGGAGACUGCCUGACUAGCUAAGCUAGAAUUGGAUCUGUGCUGCAGCUUAGGUUUUUAAUACCCGUUCUCAUCUUGUGUUGAUGCUGAUGGAGAUCCAAGAACCAAGAUAAUGUUGUACUUAUGCAGUGCAUUUGAGUUCCUAGUUGUUGCAGUUGGGGAUGCUAAUGCUGUACAAUCACUCUUCACAUCCUUUGCAAGCUGGUUUGGUGAAGAAAGUUGCAUAUAUGGCAUCAUCGUAUAUUUUGUGCAGCUAUUGUUGUUGUUGUUGUAAAAUUGUAAAUCUUUGUGUAUCAACAUGUAACUUUAAUUUUAUUCAUAUGCUACAUUGGGUGGGUGUUUUAUUGAUAUUUGUUCUAAAUAAAUUGAUUUUCUUUUACCCUUAGUUUCUCUUUUGACAA